AUGGGUGGUUUGGAUUACCUUCUCUUUGAAGAAGCUACCGGGUAUGCUAUUUUCAAGGUUUUAAUUCAACAAGAUGACAUCGCUUCCAGAAUGAGCGAAGUGCAAGAAGCAUCUAAUGACUUAUCUAAAUUUUCCAAGAUGGUUGAAUUGGUCUCCUUUGCUCCUUUCAAGGGUGCUGCCCAAGCUUUGGAGAACGCCAACGAUAUCUCUGAAGGUUUGGUUUCCGACUACUUGAAGUCUAUUUUGGAGUUGAACUUGCCAAAGACCUCUGCUAAGAACAAGAUCUCUUUGGGUGUUUCCGACAAGAACUUGGGUCCAUCUAUUAAGGAGGUCUUCCCAUACGUUGACUGUAUUUCCGGAGAAAUCGCCCAAGAUUUCUUGAGAGGUAUCAGAGUUCACGGUGCCAAGUUGUUCAAAGAAUUGCAAGAUGGUGACAUCGAAAGAGCCCAAUUAGGUUUAGGUCAUGCCUUCUCCAGAGCUAAAGUUAAGUUCUCUGUCCAAAAGAACGACAACCACAUCAUUCAAGCUAUUGCUUUAUUAGAUCAAUUGGACAAAGAUAUCAACACUUACGCCAUGAGAGUCAAGGAAUGGUACGGAUGGCAUUUCCCUGAAUUGGCCAAGAUAGUUCCAGACAACCAAUCUUAUGCCAAGUUGGCUUUGACCAUCAAGGACAAGGCUUCUUUGACUGACGAAUCUUUGCAUGAUGUUGCUGCCAUUCUCAAUGAUGACUCUGGUGUUGCUCAAAGAGUUAUAGAUAACGCUAAAAUCUCCAUGGGUCAAGAUCUUAGUGAACAAGAUAUGGACAUGGUCACCAACUUCGCUGAAAUCGUUGUCAACACCACUGAAGAACGUGCCAAGUUGUCACAAUACUUGACUGAAAAGAUGCACACCGUUGCUCCAAACUUGUCUACUUUGAUUGGUGAAGUUGUUGGUGCUAGAUUGAUUUCCCACGCUGGUUCCUUGACCAACUUGUCCAAGCAAGCUGCUUCCACCGUCCAAAUUUUGGGUGCUGAAAAGGCUUUGUUCAGAGCCUUGAAGACUAAGGGUAACACUCCAAAGUAUGGUUUGAUCUACCACUCUUCUUUCAUCGGUAAGGCUGCUGCCAAGAACAAGGGUAGAAUCUCCAGAUUCUUAGCCAACAAGUGUUCUAUUGCCUCCAGAAUUGAUAACUACUCCGACGAACCUACCACUGCUUUCGGUAACAUUUUGAAGAAGCAAGUUGAAGACAGAUUGAACUUCUACGAAACUGGUGCUGCUCCAAUGAAGAACUCCGAUGCUAUCAAGGCUGCCUUGUCAUUAGUUGGUGAUCUCGCUGACGAAAUUGAAAUUGACGAAGAAGAUGAAGAAGAAGAAGAAAAGGAAGAAAAAUCAGCCAAGAAGGAAAAGAAGGACAAGAAGGAAAAGAAGGAAAAGAAAGAGAAGAAGGAAAAGAAGGAAAAGAAGGAAAAGAAGCGUAAGGCUGACGAUGAUGAGUCCCCAAAGAAGAAGAAGAAAAAGUCUAAGGAUUAA